AUCACACGCGCAACACAUAGUAGAGAGAGAAGACAUGGCGAGGAGAACGGCGGCCAAAGGCACCAGGAGGCCAAGAAAACCCUCGCCUUCGGCGGCUGCCGCGGCCGGCGGUGGCGCGGAAAACGUGCCGCUGCCGCCGGCCAAGGGACAGGUAUCCGACGGCGGAGGCGGCGGCGGGUUCUUCUGCUGCUACCUGCUCCGCUCCCUGUGCCCGCGCAGCAAGGGCCGCACCUACAUCGGGUUCACGGUGAACCCGCGCCGCCGCCUCCGGCAGCACAACGGCGAGAUCCGGAGCGGCGCGUGGAAGACCCGGCGCGGCCGGCCCUGGGAGAUGCUGCUCUGCAUCCACGGGUUCACCUCCAACGUCGCCGCCCUCCAGUUCGAGUGGGCGUGGCAGCACCCUACGGAGUCGCUGGCCGUGCGCAAGGCCGCCUCCAGCUUCAAAUCGCUCGGUGGCGUCGGCAACAAGGUCAAGCUCGCAUACACCAUGCUCAACCUCCCCUCAUGGGAAAACUUGAACCUGACGGUGAAUUUCUUCUCCUCGAAGAACAACAAGUUCACCGCCGGCUGUCCGUCGCUGCCGAGCCACAUGAAGACGGUCGUCUGCCCGAUGGAGGAUCUGCAGUGCUACGUCGAGGGCCCCUCCUCGUCUGAGGAGGACAACAUCAACGACGACCCUCAAGGCCAUCAAGAACCCGAUGCACCCCACGGAGACGAACACACUGAACAUUCUUGGCAGCAGAUAACCUCUGAACUGCAGCCAAUGGAUGAGCAAAUCAGAAAUGCAGAGGACGACAUGGACUCCGUUGGUGAUUUUGCUCCAAUGGAAUGGGGUGGAGUCCUCGGUACGACAGAACUGGACUGGUCAAGAACAUCGCCUCAAUGUUCCUUGAGCCCGGGCGAUGACCAUGGCGGAAUAGCCGUGGACAAUGAGCCAGGGCAGGUGUCCCCAUUGUUAAUGUUUGGUGCUGGUUCAGAUGAUGGUGAUGGCCAUCUCUUCCAUGACAGGGAUGUUGUAAACCUGGUUACCCCAACCCCAGUAGGCCGGCUGCGGAGAAGAGACUGCGUCGCCAGAAUUUGCCCCAAGAUUAUUGAUCUGACGGCUUCCCCUGUUGUCAUUCAGUUGUAGCGCCUUGCUGCAUUCCAGUGUACUGAAUCUUGAAAUACUCACACUUUGCACUGUCAUAUCAUGAAUAAGCUGAGAGUGUGAGAUAGAUAAACUCAACACAGCAAAUAGAACAUUCUUGUAUGGUAGUGUUGCAAAGUAUAUUUAUUCAGAUGAAUGGAUGUAUCUGUCAUAUUUUUCAAUCAA